AUGCGCAGCGCGGGCCCCUCCUCUCUCCUGCUCCUCUGGGCCGGGCUGUCUGCUGGCGCGGCGGGAGCCCCCCAAGCGCCCGUCUCGACGAGCUUGGAGGUGCCCGCGAACUCCAGCAGUUCGCUCGCGUCCAGCAGCAGUUCGAGUAGUACGGAGACCAUUACCACGUCUUCCCCUUCUCCCAGCUCCAGUUCCGUGAACAUCUCUUCUUCUUCUCCAUCCGCUGCACCCGACACGUCGUCAUCCGCGUGGUCGAGCACCAGUGAGUCCGAGUCUGCUGCGCCCAGCAGCAGCAGCCAAUCUCCCAGUACGAGUUCCAGUCCUACUUCGCAGCCUGCUCCUUCCCCGCCUAGUAGUACUUCAGCGACAUGGUCCGAGUCCAGCGUAUCAUCCUAUUCUGCAUCUUCUUCAUCUUCCUCCCUCAGUUCCGUUCCGGGCUCCACUUCCGCCCCUGCUAGUUCUACUUCUGAAUUCCCCACCGUGACCUCUACGACGCCCACAACCAUAGCCUCUUCAUCCCCAUCCAGCACGCCGUCAUCCUCCCAGGUGACAGAUACCCAGUCCUCGGCCAGCGCAUCCAGCCCGAGCCAGCCGCCCGCGCAGAGUUCGUCCUCCGAAGCUCCCAGCACGAGCGCUCCCGCGCCGUCGUCGAGCCCCACUCUGUCCUCCACCGACAGCCCCUCUUCCGCGACUUUUACUGGGGACACGUCGAGUGACGGGGAGGACGGGCCCAGCUCUACGUCCGCGCCCAACGCGCCCUCGCAGACGAUUGGGACCUCGGCGCCCGCUGAUCCGGCGGGCACGGCGUCAGCCGCGCCUACGAGUACCCAGGGAGGGGCAGGGCAGGGUGCAACCUCCGCUCAACCCACGGACUCGUCAGUCCCUACCGAGCCCACGGAUACUGGCGUUCCGCCAUCCUCGCCCACUGAUACAGCUAGUUCGGGUAACUCUGCGCUCAGCACUACUCAGUCAGGCACAGCGCAAGGUACGACUUCUGCUCAACCUCCAGAUACUUCAGUCCCUCCUGAGCCCACG